AUGGACGCCAGUACCUAUUGCCCUGGUGGCUUCGACUUUACUACUUCCCAACUAGGUUUGCAAGGCAAUUCUCUAAUAACAUGGUUGUUUGUAGCGUAG